AUGGCUCAGUUCUAUGGGCAAAUGACGGAGAAGAGCUCGCAGCAAGUCGACAUCAAGGACAUGGAGGCCGCGGUGUUCAAGGCCCUGCUCGGUUUCGUCUACAGCGACAUGGUGCCGGAGUUUGAAGAGCAGCACAAGGAUGCUGUGUCGAUGAUGGCGAUGGCGCAACAUUUGCUGGCUGCUGCGGACAGGUAUGACAUAGAAAGGCUCAAGAUUAUCUGUGAGGGAAAGCUCUCGGGGGGCAUUGACGUCGACACCGCGGCGGCUACUCUAGCCCUGGCCGAGCUGCACGGCUGUGAGCAGCUCAAGGCCAAGUGCAUCGACUUCAUUGUCCGGAGUCCUGCGGUUCUCGACGCUGUCUUGGCCACGGAGGGGUACAAGAACUUGCAGGCAAGCUGCCCUUCGGUGCUCACUGACAUGCUUGUGCGCGCUACGAAGAAAAACGUCGUCUAA